AUGUCUGCGACAACCUGGAACUCGGCCUCGGUGAAAACGUUGCUCCGUCGAGCUGCGCAAACUAUCGGCAUUCUCCAGGAGAGAAAGGAUUCCCAAGCAGCAGUUGUAAGGAGGGAUGUGGCAACUCUGUUGUCUCGACGGGAUGUAGUCUUGGCAAGAGCGAAAGCCCAGAAUCUAAUGCUGGAUGAAUUUAAUGCGGACCUGCUAGAAAACCUCGAAAUGCAACUCGGGAUAUUGCUUGAACAUUUCUCGGAGCUGGAACAAGGCUUCGUCAAUAGUCCAGUUGUUGUUGAAGCAGUCUCGACGCUUAUAUUUGCAGGUGCAUCGCAGCCGGACUGUCGAGAACUAAUAAGUGUCCGUGAGCUGCUCAUUCAAAGACUGGGACCAGAUUUUGCCCGUUCGGCUAUCUCCAACCGCGACAACCAUGUUUCCGCUCGUGUUGUUCAUGCCAUGAAUGCUCCUCCGCCUACUGCUGCGGGUCUUGACAUGUUUAUGCUUGAAAUCGCCAAGACGUACAAUGUUGCCUGGAUGCCUGAACCACGUCGGCAGGACAUCGUCAGGUCUAUAUCUGAAAUACUAAAUCCCGACACCCCUCCCGCCGUAGACAUAAAUCAACUCCGUCUGUUGUGCGCUCGCGGUAUACCAGAUGAUCCUCCCUGGCUCAGACCACGGUUAUGGCGAUUGUUUCUCAACACUCUGCCAGUACUCAAGUCAACCUGGGGGCGUGAAGCACAUCAACAACGGCUAAGCUACUAUGAUCUCGUUCGACGCGUACUGAAGCCAUUUUCCGAAUUACCCGACCCUACCCUUCCUCUGUCACCAUUGGACACUUCGUUGCUCGGUGUCUCCCGGCAAAUUGCACGAAUACCCAGUAAUCUAUGUGGGGGCCUUGAUGCAGAGCCUGAUCACAGUCCUCUUUGCCCAUUGGAUGAGAAAGCAGCGGAGGACAUCAAGAUUACGUAUGCUGACAUUUUGGACACUCGACUGCAAGCUAUCCAUGCCCUGACUUCGCAACCCUCAUCUUCAAUUCCGGAAAUUCGACUCGAAGCUGAUGCCCCUUCAUCUCCCCCUCCAACAUCCUUAUCUGAACGGCGACCAGUUGCUCCGUCAAUCACAUUGUUAACCUCGCAGACCGGCAUUGUUGGCGAUAUGCACCCAAGGCACACCUCUGCCUUGUCUCGUAUUCUGUACCUCCACUCCACCAUCAAUCCCGGGAACCUUUCCCCUCAUAUUCCAGCCCUGCUUGUCCCACUUUAUGUGGUGCUGAAUCAGGAGAUAGAGGUAGAAGAGCUCUCGCAUGUCGAAGCGGACACGUUCUGGUUGUUCGAGGCUAUGAUCGGAGAGUUUGCCGAAUUGGAAGAGGAGGAUGGCGGUAGUAUCUGGAUGAGGAAACUGGGAGAAAGGUUGUCGUGGGCUGACAGUGAACUUUCUGAAAGCCUGCAAGUUAAGGGACUUGAUCCAAGCCUUCCGCAUUACUCCUAUCGUUGGAUGGCCCCAUUACUAACUCAAACGCUCCCGUUGUCAUCAGUGCUAGUCGUCUGGGACGCCUUGUUUUCUUGCGCAAUGAGAGAAAGAAGUAACUCACCCAAGUUGGAGUAUCUGCUUGAUAUUUGUACUGCUAUGCUCAUUCGAGCACGAGCAGCUCUCUUCCGGUUGGGUAAAGGCGGACAUCGGUCGCCGAGUUUGUGGGGUGAUGAGAGCAAUACCAUCCCUCCGCCAUCACCAUUACGUGCUUGGGAGUUCGGGGAUGCGUUCAUGGAAGGCAUGACUUUGCUGCAGCAAUACCCUCUGGAAGCCGCAGGAGGAGUAGAUCGAUUACUGCAAACUGCAUCUGAUCUUGCAUAUCGUCGCAUGGAAGAGUCGAAGAAUGCCACACCAGCAAAUGUCUCUCUCGGAGAGCGGCUUCGGACAACCAUGUGGCGAGGAUUCACCAACCAGCUGUCUCCCGAACCCCCCUCCCCAGAAGAGUCUGACGACACACGUGAUGAGGAGUAUCUUAGCAAGACGGAAGAUGAAGAGACGACUGCUGACGAGUCUCCAGCUGCUUCUGGUCUUGGUGCUCGUUUGGCCAACACUGUGUGGAGAGGUAUCACGAAUAAAAGCUCAAUGGAACCUCCGCCAACUCCAAUAUCUCCCAUGAUGCCACCGUCUCCGAUUGGAUCUCCGUGGCCUUCAAGUAAAGAGCCUGCUUCACCACCUGAAACUCCAGUGGCAACUACUUUGUGGAAUUAUGCAGAGAAAUUAAAGGACUCCGAUGCCGCGGCUAGAUUUUCUAAAGUCAGCUCUAACUGGCGAGCAAGAGCCAUGUUGGGUAGCUGGGUUGGCCGUUCCCCAAAUAGCACCCAAAGCACACCUCAAAAUAGUCCUCCCACGCAGAGUCUGAGUUCUCCAGAAUUUGGAUACCCUCGUCGAUUAGAGGACGGUCGCCAUGCCUCACUCCCUAUCAUGGGUGCGACAGAAAACUAUUCUCCACCCGCCCGCCCAGCCUUCUUUCGCCCUCCACGUGAUAGUUUCAUUGGGCCGCCGUCUCCUCGCCCAAGCUCUCCUCCGACAAGUCCACCAUGGUCCCCCCAAUCGGAAGGUGGUUUCCUGAGCCGGACACGUAAUCUACAAGAGUCUUUAUCGGCUCUGACACGAAAAACUCCUGAACCAGCGCCCAAAUCCGGGCCCCGACCAUUAUUACUCAAUUCUUCGUCUCUGGUUGCGACAACACCUCGUCCUCAGCACCAGAGUCGACAGGAGUCUAUUUCAGAGGCAACGCAACUACUAGCAGACCCCCAGUGGCAGCAUAUACCGAGAGGAAUGGGACACAGCUUGCGGCAAGAUUCUAUCUCUCAGUCAUCGACUUCAUCUUUGUCUCCGUUGGAUGUAAAUGGUCGUGGUUGGAAGGCAUCGAAAGCAGAGUUGAAUCAAUUGAACCCAGAUGUGAACAUCCCCAGUCGGCGUGUCGCAUUAAAUCGACGGUCAAUAUCUCCCAUGGCGCCAAUAUCAAGAAUCCGUCCAACAUCAAACGGGAGUUCCCCAGAUAGAAUAUUACUUAGCCCCUCAGCCCCCGCUCCAGAAACUGAUUCAGACACAACUGAGUCGGUCAAACUCCCCCCAAACAAACUCGGUUUGACCCUCCAGCAAUCGGAAGACACCACAGAUUCGGAACGACCCGUCGUCAGCCCCAUAAUCAGUCCCCGGUUACGCUCAAAACGAUAUGGCUCCCGCCCUGCGAAUAUCCGUACCGAAGAUCUUGCUCUCGCAAAAACCAUAGUCGACCAACGACCCAGUCCUCAGACACUUAAUGUGGAGUGGCCAGAACAAAAUGAAACCACAGUUACAACACCCAAAGCAACCACAUUCGAGCAUGGUUCUCCCAUAUCUCCUGGUCGUAACAGGAAAAUGUCGGGUGAUGGUCAAGAGCCUCGAGUGCGCAAGAUUUCUGGUGGUCAACGUGCGAGAAAAACUUCAACUGGGACUAUCAGAGCAACAAAUCGCGCCAAAAGAGAAAGCGCGGCAGAGGAAGGAGAUGAUGAAGGAGGCUACGACGAGCUGCUUAGUGCCUACGAGAGUGAGGAUGGGGUGUAUUAA